AAAAACGACAGCUGAUAUUCCUCGACAGUGUCUGUAACCUUCUAAAGACAGUAUCUGGUAUCGUCUCUUGGAGCACUCUACAGAUCAUGGAAGGCCGGCAGGACGAUGGGAAUAAAGGUACAUGGGACUCGACUCCUGCUCGCAUAGGGGAGAGUCUACGAAUGCUGAUUGACAGUCGCAUGGAGGUUUCGUCGGCCCAUGGCGUACCAAACAUCCAGCGGGCCUCAAAUCCAACCAUCAAACUAGCAUGGACUGUCAUCUUUUUGGCUGGCACUGGCGUGAUGACUUGGCAAGUUGUCGCUCUCUUUCAGGCCUACUUCGCAUGGGACUAUACAGUCAACCUAGAGGUAAAAUUCAACCGGACCCAAUAUUUCCCCGCCAUCACCAUCUGCAACACAAAUCCAAUGAGGAAAUCAGGACUUAAAACCAAGGACUCUAAGUUCCAAGAAAUAUUUGACUUUGAUUACGAUCCAUCAACACCAAUCACAGAAGGUGGCGAUGAACCCCCUAUCCCUUUGGGCUCUCAUUCUGACCGCGGACCGCCGGAAGGUCAGAAUGAAAGGAGUGAGAAUGUUCAAGAUUGGGCUCAGCGUGUCUCACAACCAAGAUAUUAUAGGAGUAAGUCGUUGGAUUAUGCAAGAUAUCGCAUUCGACAGGUUGCUCUCGCCAACACAAGCAUUGAAGAGAGGGUUUCUCUUGGUCAUUCUUUAGAUGAUAUGCUUCUAGACUGCUCCUGGAAGGGGAUUCCAUGCUCGCCUGAAAAUUUUACCCAGAUUUACGACUCUCAGCUGGGCAACUGUUACACCUUCAACUCUGGGCAACAUGGAGAACAACUUAAUACCCAUCGACCAGGCUCCUAUUUCGGUCUAUCGCUGGAGCUAUUUGUUGAACAGGAUGAGUACGUGGAAGGAAUGACUCAAGAAGCUGGUUUUCGGGUCAAGAUACACCAUCCAUCCAACAUGCCGUUCCCUGCCGAAGAGGGCAUCCUCAUAUCUCCUGGUUUCAACACCGCCAUUGGGCUUCGCAUGCUCGAGUUGGAUCGGUUACCUGAUCCGUAUGGAGAUUGCAAGGCUGACCUGUCCGAAGAUAUCGCUGAUGAUGUGUAUCAUCAACAUUACAAUAUUACCUACAAUAGAAAGACAUGUGAGGUUAGCUGCUACCAAAACGAGGUGAUAAGAAGAUGUGGGUGUUUUGAUGCUUCAUAUCUCAACUCUCUUGAAGUCGACAAAACUAUAUAUCCAUGUAGAUAUACAAGUCCCGUAGAAACCAAAUGCUUGGCAAAUAUAGAAUGGGAGCAGGCAGAUGACGAACUGGAAUGUAACUGCCCUAUUGCGUGUCAUGAAACCACGUAUCUCUCUCGAGUGAGUUCUUCUAUUUGGCCUGCGAAUGCUUAUGAGUCUCUGCUCUUUGAAAGAAUGGCGCUGUAUAAUGACGUCAUGAGGACGAAUGUGAAUGGUGAAAACGCUUCAGAAUGGACUCGGCAGAACUUGGCGAAACUGGAGGUAUACUAUGACGAGUUCAACUACGAAUAUAUUCGACAAGUGCCAGCAUACACGAUCCCCGAUCUCUUGAGCGAUAUUGGCGGUCAGCUUGGACUCUGGCUUGGACUGUCCGUCAUAACAAUCUUCGAGCUUUUGGAGGGAGCUUGGCUCAUUCUUGCUUUCAUCUUCACUCGAUGUGGAAAUAGCACCAGAGAAGUAGAUGUCCAUCCCAAGACUAAUACGGUUGUCAUAUAAUCCCCCUAUAAAGAUCGAGAGAAGUGAUUAACAUCGUAGCAAAUGCAGAGGUGCCUUGGUCUAGUGGUCUUAGGAGUCUGGGUGCACGCAGGGAAGUCCCAGGAUCAAUUUCCGGCAUGGGACUUAUGCCCAUGACGAAGAUAUUUAUCUCAAUUAACAUAGCAUUGUUGUCGUACAUCGGUUAGAUAAAUUCACGAUUGAUACUAAUAUGUGCAUAAUAUGCUUUUAAAAAAUUGUUUAAACAUCAAAAUUACUCAAGAUGUCAUCAUUAGUACAAUGAGAUGUAACCAGUAUACCAGUCAUAAAGUAUUAUACAUCACUGUAGGUAAUCUAUUUAGCAUUGAGAUGACAAUCAAUCUCGACCUCUUUUUUUACCCUUAUAUAUUCUAUUGUGAAAACAAAGGUGCCAGUGUCUCUAAAAAAUGGGUGGUUUCAGACCGUUUGCCACAGCAAGAGUUGUGAACAUGGACAAUUUAAAAUGAACAGCGAGACGUAAAUAGUGAAUUAAUUGUAAUAAUAUUUACAUCAAGUUCAUGGAAUUAGAUAACAUUAUCAUUAUCAAUCUGGUGUGAGAUUAUUAAUAGUUAUAAAGAUAUACCCGGAUUCCUGCAAUAAAGUGACGUUCACUGUUCCCUGUGUUGAAGCUGUCUGAGUGGACUUUCGGGCACUCAAAUGCACGCGACCUACCAUUAUGUUGCGAAAUUACUAGUAAUGUAUAGCCCUAUUACAAUAUAUAUACAUAUAUUUAUAUAUACGAAACUUUCCUAUCGGAUACAGCGGACAAGCAAAAUUUCGGGGUAGCUCCAUCCAUUUUCAUCUGCUAUAGAGUCCAGACAAUGGACAAAAUGGACGAACAUUAAAAACACGGUGGCGGAUGCGCGAUGAAUAUAUAGAGCGUAUGAAAAACGUAGUAUGCAAAGAGUACACGAAGGAUACAUAAAGUUUCCCAACGGAUAACAUGAUUCUUUUCCGUUUUACAUCCUCUCUCCAUCCGUAAGUGCAGUGGGACUAAGGAUUAGAGCCUUUAGAGGCAAG